GGGGAACUACGACUCCCGGCAGGCAGCGCUCGCGCAGGCGCGGCUCGGGCGGCGGGUCCGCGUGUGGCAUGUCGGCGCUGCGUUGGGGCUGGGGCGCUGCGGGGCUGGGGCGGGUCCUGCGGCCCCUGGGCCGCCCCGGGCCCCCAGCCCACGAAGGGGCUCUGGAUGGAAGCUUCUGGGGCUGCAGGAGACAGUCGACGGCCACCCGCUGUGUGCAGGAGCCCCGCAAAGACUGGGGCCACGCGGAGCUGUUAGAGGUGCUGGAGGCGCGGGUGCGGCAGCUGCAGGCCGAGAGUGUGUCCACCGUGACGGUGGCCAAGAAGGUGUCGGUGGCCAAGAAGGUGUCGGUGGCCAAGAAGGUGUCGGUGGCCAAGAAGGUGUCAGAGAAGAAGCUGGAUGUCGCAUGCCCCCCGCCCGAGGAGGAGACCGGGGACCCCUGGACGCAGGAACCCGAGGCAGAGGUGGAGAAUCCGAACGUUGUGGUCCGGAAACCCGAGCGGCGCCGCCGCCCGCAGCUGCUCCUGGAGCCCCGGCUGCUGGACAAGGAGCUGCACCAGUGCCUGCGGCGCUGGACCACCGAGUCCCCGAGCAGCCCCUGGGAGGAGCAGCUGGCCGAGCUGCUGCGGGACGCGCCGCGGCGGCUGAGCCAGGAGCUGCAGCAGGUGCCCGCCAGCACCACCGCGCGGGCGCGCCUGGAAGCGCAGCAGCAGCGCCUGCUCUCCUUCCUGCAGAGCUGCCUGCUCUCGGGCCACCUGGCCCUGGCGCACCACGUGCUGGCCAGGCAGCACGCCAAGCUGCGGCCACCAAUGCUGCUCACGCUGCCCAUGUACAACACCGUGAUGCUGGGCUGGGCGCGCCAGGGGUCGUUCAAGGAGCUGGUCUAUAUCUUCUACAUGCUGAAGGACGCGGGCCUCGCCCCGGAUCUGCUCUCCUACGCGGCCGCCCUGCAGUGCAUGGGACGGCUGGACAAAGACGCACGGACGGUGCAAAGGUGCCUGGAGCAGAUGGCCCGGGACGGGCUGAAGCUGCGGGAGCUGUUUGCGCAGCCGCUGAGCGCCAGCGAGCGCGAGGCCGUGCUGAGAGCCGUGCGCAAGGCCCAGCCCCAGUUCCAGCCGCCCGCCCCGGCCCCAGUCCCGCGCGUGCGCAGCACCUCCCCCCUGCUGGCUGAGGUCUAUGCCAAGAACCUGCCCGCGACCUACCCCAAGCUGCACCUGCCGCUGAAGACGCUGCAGGAGCUAUUCCAGAAGCAGCUGCGCAUGGAGAUGGCCACCAUCGUGCAGGUGCCGUCGGUGGACAAGGCCCCCCAGGAAACCAAGGAGCUGCUGCGGGCGCGGAAGACCCUGAAGAGGCUGCGCGCGCAGUGGGAGGAGGAGCUGCUGGAUGCCCUGCGCGAGGCCAAGGAUAACCAUGCCAGACUGGCGCGGCAGGGCCACCCGUCCCUGCUGCCGUACCUGAGCCUCAUCAACGAGCGGGACAUCGUGCGGCUGCUGUUGCAGACCCUGCACGCCAUUUCCCCGCAUGGAGAGUCCCUGAUGUCCAUGGCCCAGGACCUGGGCCUGCGGGUGUUCAACCGCUACGCGGUACACAGGAAAGUCCUCAGCAACCAGAUGCAGGGGCUGGAGCAGCGCUACCACCAGUACCUGCACCUGCUGGCUUCCGACUCGAAGGUGGCGGCCCCCUGCCUGCCCAGGCAGCACUGGGAGUCGCUGGGGCCGCCUGAACCGCCCCACGAGCAGCCGUGGCCCCUGCCGGUGCUGGUGGAGCUGGGCAAGCAGCUGGCCGAGAUGCUGGUGCAGGCUGUCCACAUGCCCAGCAGCCUGACCGCUGGUACCCAGGACCCUAAGCGGAGCAUUCCAGUGCUGUACCACGCUUACUCCUUCCGGAGCUUCCGCCAGAUCGGGAUCCUGAAGCCGCACCCGGCCUUCACCGAGCUGCGGGAGGCGGCCGCCGAGCGCAUGCUGACCUUCGAGGCCAACGAGGUGCCCAUGCUGUGCCCGCCGCUGCCCUGGACGUCGCCGCACAUGGGCGCCUUCCUGCUGAGCCCCACCAAGCUGAUGCGCGCCAUGGAGGGUGUGUCGCAGCACCUGCACCUGCUGGACAGCUGCCCGCCGCAGGACCUGCACGGCGCCCUGGACACCGUCACCCAGCUGGGCAACUGCGCCUGGCGCGUGCGCGGGCCCGUGCUCGACUUGGUGCUGGAGCUCUUCACCGCCAAGGGCUGCCCGCGCCUCGGCGUGCCCGCGCCCGCCUCCGAGGCGCCGCGCCCACCCUGCACCCGCCUGCCCCCCGGCACCCCGCCCGCCCGCAAGGCCGAGCUGCGGCGCGAGGUGGCGCGCUGCCUGAAGGUGACCCGCGAGAUGCACAGCCUGCGGGCCGACGCGCUCUACCGCCUCUCGCUGGCCCAGCACCUGCGCCACCAGACCUUCUGGCUGCCUCACAACAUGGACUUCCGCGGCCGCACCUACCCCUGCCCGCCCCACUUCAACCACCUGGGCAGCGACCUGGCCCGCGCCCUGCUGGAGUUCGCCGAGGGCCGCCCGCUCGGCCCCCAGGGCCUCGACUGGCUCAAGAUCCACCUGGUCAACCUCACGGGCUUCCAAAAGCGAGCGUCCCUGCAGGGCCGCCGCGAGUUCGCCGACAAGGUCAUGGACGACAUCCUGGACUCGGCCGACCGGCCCAUGACAGGCCGGAAAUGGUGGAUGGAAGCCGACGAGCCCUGGCAAGCCCUGGCCUGCUGCAUGGAGAUCGCCAAGGCCGUGCGCUCCCCUGACCCCGCGGCUUACGUGUCCCACUUUCCCGUGCACCAGGAUGGCUCCUGUAACGGCCUGCAGCAUUACGCAGCCCUGGGCCGCGACAGCGUGGGAGCCGCCGCUGUCAAUCUGGUGCCAUCAGACCUGCCCCAGGAUGUGUACAGCGAGGUGGCUGCGCAGGUGGAAGUGUUCCGCUCGGAGGACGCCAAGCAGGGCGUGCGGGUGGCCCAGGUGCUGGACGGCUUCAUCAGCCGCAAGGUGGUGAAGCAAACGGUCAUGACCGUGGUCUACGGCGUCACGCGCUAUGGGGGCCGCCUGCAGAUCGAGAAGCGCCUCCGCGAGCUCGACGACUUCCCGCAGGAGUUCGUGUGGGAAGCGUCUCACUACCUCGUGCGCAAGGUCUUCAGCAGCCUCCAGGAGAUGUUCUCGGGCUCCCGGGCCAUCCAGAACUGGCUGACGGAGACCGCGCGCCUCAUCGCCAAGUCCGGCUCGGCGGUAGAGUGGGUCACGCCCCUGGGUAUCCCCAUCAUCCAGCCCUACCACGUGGGCUGCAAGGUCCUGAUCGGCGGCGGCCUCCAGAGUCUCACCAUCAGCAACAGCGGCGACACCAACAGGAGACCCAACACGCUGAAGCAAAGGAACGGCUUCCCCCCCAACUUCAUCCACUCCCUGGACUCCUCGCACAUGAUGCUCACGGCCCUACACUGCUACAGGAAGGGUCUGACCUUCGUGUCUGUCCAUGACUGUUUCUGGACCCACGCCGCGGACGUCCCCGUCAUGAACCAGGUGUGCCGGGAGCAGUUCUUCCGCCUGCACAGCCACCCCAUCCUGCAGAACCUGUCGUCCUUCAUGACCGAGCGCUUCUGCACUGGCCCCAGGGCCCAGCGCCAGCCCUCGAAGCUCGGCCAGCUGAUCAAAUUGCGCAAGACGCUGAUGGCGGUGCCCAAGAGAGGGACUCUGAACCUGGCCAAGGUCAAAGGCUCCACUUACUUCUUCAGCUGAUGCGGGCCCGCGUCCCUGGGGCGGUCCCCUUCCCGGAUUGUAUCAUAGUGUAAAUAAAGCCGUUGUCACCCCGGGGAGCCCCUGACCUCCGGGGGCCUCGGAGAAUCACA